CUGUUACUGCUGCUGCUUCAGGUCAACAGAUCCUGCUGCUAGUUAGGGUCCGAGGACCAAGGUCCAGUUUAAGUUAACAGUUCCUGCUGCUGGUUUACUGGUUUUACUGCUGGUUUAGUUCAAAGUUUCUGCUGGUUUAGAGAAGUUCAGUGAGGUUCAGGUUUUAAUCCGAGCUCUGAGGAAACAGCAGAUCUCGACAUGAAGCUGGUCUUCCUCCUCCUCCUCCUCUUCCUCCUCCAGGUGUUCAGGGCUGCACACGGCAGGUGUUUCUGUCAGUUAACAGGCGACCUGGACGACUGCACCUGCGACGUGGAAACCGUUGACGGAUUCAACAACGACCAGCUUUUCCCCAAACUUCAAACUCUUCUGGAGUCUGAUUACUUCCGGUUCUACAAGGUGAACCUCAACAAACCGUGUCCGUUCUGGACCGUCACCAGUCACUGCGGUCUGAGGGAUUGUGCCGUGAAGCCCUGCUCUGAUAACGAGGUGCCUGAAGGGAUUCGAUCCUCCUCCCACAACAAGUAUUCAGCAGAAGCAAACGAGCAGCCGGAUGAGUGUGAGCAGGCGAAGCAUCUGGGAGCUGUGGACGUCUCUUUAAGCAACGAGACCAGAGAGGCUCUUCUCAAAUGGAGCAAACACGACGACGAAGCAGAGCGGUUCUGUGUGGUUGACGACGAAGAGUCACCAGACUCCCAGUACGUCGACCUGCUGCUGAACCCCGAACGCUUCACGGGUUACAAAGGACCAGAGGCCUGGCAGAUCUGGAACAGCAUCUACGAGGAGAACUGCUUCAAACCCUUUUCUAUCAAGCGACCGCUGAUUCCCAACUCGUUCCAGAGCAGCUCCGGAGGUGAGGCAAAGAGCUUCUACAGCUGGUUGGAAGGUCAGUGUGUGGAGAAGAGGGCUUUCUACCGCCUCAUCUCCGGCCUCCACUCCAGCAUCAACAUACACCUGAGCGCCCGAUACCUGCUGGAUGACAGCUGGUUUCAGAGGAAGUGGGGUCACAACGUGUCCGAGUUCAGGCUGCGUUUCGACUCUGAGUUGACGUCCGGCGAAGGGCCAAAGAGGCUCCGUAACCUUUACUUCCUGUACCUGAUCGAGCUGCGAGCGCUGGCCAAAGCUCUGCCGUUCUUCCAGCAGCCGUCCUUCCGGCUUUACACCGGCAAGCCGGAGGAGGACCAGAACCACAAGGAGCUGCUGCUGGACAUCCUGCAGAUGGCCAGAUCUUUCCCUUUGCACUUUGAUGAGACUUCUCUGUUUGCCGGUAAUGAAAAGGAAGCAGCCCAACUGAAGGAGGACAUCAGACUGGCCUUCCUCAACAUCUCCAGGAUCAUGGACUGUGUGGGAUGCUUUAAAUGCCGGCUUUGGGGGAAACUGCAGACUCAGGGAUUAGGCACAGCGCUAAAGAUUCUGUUUUCAGCGCAGCAGAUUGAAGCUCUGCCCAAAUCCAGCGAGCAGCGACCCAGUUUCCAGCUCAGCCGGCAGGAGAUCGUCUCUCUGCUCAACGCCUUUGGAAGGAUUUCCACAAGCAUCAGGGAGCUGGAGAACUUCAGGUCGCUGCUGGCGGAGGAGCGAUGAGGCUUCGACAGGAGCUUCACCCGUCUCGACUCGUCUGACGGGGUUUUAUUUUAAACGCAGACAGCCGUCCGUCCGUCCAGCUGUUUUAGUCCUGCUGACAUCUCGUUUUAUAUUCUCAAGGCUUUUGAAUGAUAAAACAUCAGCUUCGAUCAGCUGAGUUUAUUUUAAUUUUUUAUUUUUUUUUAGAUUAUGAUUUAGUUUUUAUUUUUCACAAAAAUGAAGUUUCUUGAAUCAAAAAUAAAAUCAGAAUUUUUACACUUCUGGAAAUAUUUAAACUUUCUCCUGGUGCCUUCAGGUGUUUACUGAAACUGUAAAAGUCUCAAAGUCUGUGAGACGAGACUGAAGCGUGAAGCUGCUCCUUUGUUACAGAAAAUUCAGAGGAACAAGAAUCCAAACACAUUCCUUUAUCUGAAAACAAGCUGUGAGCUGAUAGAGUUGUGGAUGGAGCGAACAGCUGCUCAGUUUGCUCAUCAGCCUGUUUUUGUGAUUCUGCGUCGGUCCUGACGAUGGAGCUGUUCGUGCAGAAAACGCAUUCAUGCUGAUAAAUGCAAAAUUGAAUGUUUUUGAAACUCUUCAGGAACAAGAUGCAAACGUGAGAUGUUAAAUGAAAACUGUACAGGAGUGAAGAUAGAAUAUUUUAAAUAACUUUAUAUUUGGCCUCAUGAUGUUCUCUUCAACUGUCCUCCAUUUUUAUAACACCCUGUCCCGGGUUCAUGGUGCCUUCAGGGACACCUGGAGAACUCCAGCUCCUGCUUUUCACAGCUUGUUUUAGUCUAAACUGAACUUUUUGAAGUCAUUUGUGGAUAAAAUUCAAAGUUUUGACACAGAACUUCUGCUGAUGUACAUGAGAGACUGUGUUGUUUUUUUGUAAAUGCUGUUGUAUAAAAUGAAGAAAGGAAAAGCUGGAAUGUGAAAAACAUCAUUUGAAUG